GGAGCUCAAAGCUAAAGGCUCCUGCUAAGAAUCAGCACAGUUUCACUCUGCUGCUCCUGGAGGGGCUUGCUCUGGCCCUGCCUGGGAAGGCUGAGCCUGGCCACCCCAGGAGGGAGGGAAGGGGGGAGUGGCUCACCAUGCCGGCCUGCUGCAGCUGGAAUGACGUUUUCCAGUACGAGACAAACAAAGUCGCCCGGAUCCAGAGCGUGAAUUAUGGCACCAUUAAGUGGGUCUUGCACGUGAUCGUCUUUUCCUAUGUUAGCUUUGCUUUGGUGAGUGACAAGCUGUACCAGAGGAAGGAGCCUGUCAUCAGCUCUGUGCACACCAAGGUGAAAGGCAUAGCCGAGGUGAAGGAGGUGCUCGUGGAAAACGGGGUGAAGAAGGAGGUGGGGAGCAUCUUCGACACCGCGGACUACACCUUCCCUCUGCAGCGGAACUCCUUCUUCGUGAUGACAAACUUUCUCAAGACAGAAGGCCAGGAGCGGCGGCUGUGUCCCGAGGCCAGCUCUCUGCUGUGGCCAGGGAGUGCAGUGGAAGAUGGUCCAAGUGCUUGGCCCCUGCACCCCAUGGGAGACCAGGAGAAGCACCAAACUCCUUCCUUCAGAUCAGCGCAGUGCGCCGGCCGCGGCGGCUAUUGUGGGUACCCCACCCGCAGGACGCUCUGUUCCUCCGACCGGGGCUGCAGAAAGGGAUGGAUGGACCCACAGAGCAAAGGAAUCCAGACGGGAAGGUGCGUUGUGUACAAAGGGAACCAGAAGACCUGUGAAGUCUCUGCCUGGUGCCCCAUCGAGGCAGCGGAAGAUGCCCCCCGGCCUGCGCUCUUGGGAAGUGCCGAGAACUUCACCGUGCUCAUCAAGAACAACAUCGACUUCCCCGGCCACAACUACACCACGAGGAACAUCCCUCCAGGCUUAAACAUCUCGUGCACCUUCCACAAGACUCAGAAUCCACAGUGUCCCAUUUUCCGGCUGGGAGACAUCUUCCGGGAAACAGGAGACCGUUUCUCAGAUGUAGCAGUUCAGGGAGGGAUCAUGGGCAUUGAGAUCUACUGGGAUUGCAACUUGGACAGGUGGUUCCAUCGCUGCCGUCCCAAAUACAGCUUCCGCCGCCUGGAUGACAAGACCGCCAAUGAGUCCUUGUACCCUGGCUACAACUUCAGAUACGCCAAGUACUAUAAAGAAAACAACGUUGAGAAACGGACUCUGAUAAAAGUCUUCGGGAUCCGUUUUGACAUUCUGGUUUUUGGCACCGGAGGAAAAUUUGACAUCAUCCAGCUGAUUGUGUACAUCGGCUCAACGCUCUCCUACUUUGGUUUGGCCACCGUGUGCAUCGACUUUCUCAUCAACACUUACUCCAGCAACUGCUGCCGCUCCCACAUCUAUCCCCGUUGCACGUGCUGCGAGCCCUGUGCGGCCAACGAGUACUACCACAGGAAGAAGUACGAGUCUCUCGUGGAGCCAAGGCGGACACUAAAGUAUGUGUCCUUUGUGGAUGAACCCCACAUUCGGAUGGUGGACCAGCAGCUCCUUGGGAAAAGUCUGCAGGAUGUCCCAGGCCAAAAAAUCCCAAGACCCCCGAGGGACUUCACAGACUUGUCCAAGCUGCCCCUGUCUUUCCUUGACCCACACCCAACUCCUGGACAAGCAGAAGAAAUGCAGCCACUUAGUGAAGGGGAGACUGCUAGAUCCAGGGGCUGUCCGGACUGGUGCCAGUGUGGAAACUGCCUGCCGUCCCAACUCCCCGCGAGCCACCGCUGCCUGGAGGAGCUGUGCUGCCGGAGAAAGCCAGGGGCCUGCGUCACUACCUCCCAGCUGUUUGGGAAGCUUGUGCUAUCCAAGCCCACCUUGCAGUUCCUCCUGCUCUACCAGGAGCCCCUGCUGGCACUGGAUGCAGAGGCCACCACCAGCCAGCUGCGACACUGCGCCUACAGGUGCUACAUCGCCUGGCGCUUCGGCUCCCAGGACCUGGCUGACUUUGCCAUCCUGCCCAGCUGCUGCCGCUGGAGGAUCCGAAAGGAGUUUCCCAAGAGUGAAGGGCCGUACAGUGGCUUCAAGAGCCCUUACUGACAGCAUGGGGAUGCGGAAGUCGCGUUCACGUUUCCUCCGCCAGUGCCCCGAGCUUCCCCUACAGCAUCUGCCGCCCAACUUUCAGCCAAAGGGGAAGUGUUCUCUCCUCCUGCAGCUCUAAGCAGCUAGCCCCACCCCAUGUCUAUGGGCUCUGCAUCCACAGUCUCAAUCACCCACAUAUUGAAAAUAUUUGGGGGGAAAAAAAUCCAGAAAGUUCCAAACGACAAAACUUGAAUUUGCUGCACGUCGAGUUCUAUGCUGAAUGCACACAGAGUGAAGUUCAGGCACUGUUUUGGGGGGUUUAUAAAGAACCUGGAGCUGAUUGAAAGGAUAGGGGAGGAUGUGUGGGGAUGACACACAAAUACUACACUGUUUUAUAGAAAAGACGUGGAUUUUGAAGUUUGAGGGGGCUCCUGGAACCAGCCUCCUGCAGACACCCAGAGACAACUGUACGUGUCAGCGCAGCGACCUGGCUAAGCCAACCAGAACUGUUCUGCAAGGACUGAGCUAGGAGAUUCAGAUUCCAGUGUCAAUUCUCUCACCAGGGAGUGGAAGGACCCCAGGCCUUCAGUGUCUGCAUCGUGGUCUCCCGGUCUCCCCAUUAUCCAACCGACCACCUCACAGAGAUGUGGCAGAGACUUGAGAUGUUAUCCACGCACUGUCUGCUCAUGUAUGAAGACCCACCUGCACACAAAGCAUCUCACCGUGGGGGCAGAGGCCCAGGGGUUCCGUCUCCUCCCCUGCAGCAUGGGCAGGCUGGCUGCCUUGCAUAACUUGAUACUGAGUCCUUUCAGGAUUAUUGGCAGCUUUCACUUCCUGCCUUGGGGCGAUCUAACUCUCCUCCCUGCUGGGGGAGAGGAACCCCAGCAGCCAGGCAGAGAGCACAGUGCCCAACCAGCCACCCCGCCUUCCAGCCACCUCGUCCCAGACAGCAAACAUGGGAGACAGGAAGUCUACUGACAUGUCACUGAGACUGCGUGAGACACCUCCAAGUGAGACAAACACCUCCUGUCUGCCCAGAGAGCCGAGUGGCCAUCUAAGUCACUCAGUUUGUACGGCAGCAUCACUGACAGCGAGCCUGAAGCUGAAACCAUUCCUUCUCUGGUUCUAAGGUUCUCAGGGAGCCCCUCAGGAGCCUAGGUUUCUAUGGAACGUUCCAGGAGGGCUACAGACCCAACUGGGUAACUCACCAGACCAGCCCUGGAACCUGUCCGCUCUAACCGCUGAGCUACCCAGUGCAUUCCAGGCCUCAGGGCGAGUCUGUGCCUGGAAGUGACUGCUGCCAUUCGAAACCAGCAUGUGCCUUUCCCGUCCUGUGCUCUGCCGCCGGUCAGAACCAGUGUGGUCUGGAUGGGACGCAGAGAGCAGCCCCCACCCAACCCUCCUCCAUCCCUGUGCAUCAACUGCUGAGAAUGUGAGCCUGAAGAGCCGCGGGGCUGAGGGUCCUGCUCCAGGAUCGUCUGCUCAUGGCUUUCUCACUGCGGCCUGCUGUUCGUGUGGCUCGCAACGGCCAUUCAGAGUAAGACACAGUUUACAGCCCACUGUUCAGUACCGUGGCCAGUGAUGAAUCUGCGAGUUUGUUUUACACAUACUCCAAGAUUCACCAUUUUGACACAUUUUAAAAACCAGCAGCUUUCUACCACUGUAUGAAUGCCAGUAAUGAAUAAAAUGUAGAAUAGCAUGAAUAAAAACCUUCUUUUAUUGACCCAAGGUUUUCUCUGGCCUUAAACUCAGGAAUCAAGUUAAUUAUGCCAGAUUGAACUUUCAUUUUUAUUACCUUUUCACAGAUAUUUUUGAAAAGUAGGUUCUAUCUGACUUCUUCAGAACUGUGAUGUUUUUACUCUAAGAAUUCUAUGCCGGGGCCGGCGCUGUGGCGUAGUAGGCUAAGCCUCUGCUGCGGUGCCGGCAUCCCAUAUGGGUGCCAGUUUGUGUUCCAGCUGCUACUCUGCCAAUCCAGCUCCCUGCUAAUAGCCCAGGACUGCAACAGAGGAUGCUCGGGCCCUCACAUCCACAUGGGAGACUCAGAAGAAGCUCCUGGCUCCUGGCUUCAGAUCAAGACCUUUUUCUCUGUCUCUUCCUCUCUCUGUAACUCUGCCCCUCAAAUAAAUAAAUAAAAUCUUAAAAAAAAAUUCUAUGUUACUGCUGCAGGUUUUUAUUCGGAUGUGUCUACACCUGUAUACCUUCAUCUUUGUUGCCUUACUCCUGGUGCGUUUCCGUCACUCACAAAGGCCCCGUUUGGAGUCAGGAUUUGGCAAACUCUCCUAUCCUCCUCCGCCUGCCCACAGAUGCUCUGGGUGAGGGGCUGAUGUCACCUCAGACACCUCCACGGCUGUGUCUGUGUUCUUGCUUUUCAACUACUGCCUAAAGUAGCAUCACUACCAAAGGCAGAGUCACUUGUUGCAGGAUCUGUCUUAUUGAACUUGAAUACAUUCUCUGACCGUGGUAACCGCCCAGGAUCCACUGCUGUGUCUCUGUCUCCCGAGAGAUCUGUUCUCUUGCCACAGCCUGACUGAUUCUGUGUGGAAUUGGCAACGCACUUGCAUUUCUCUCUCUAAAGGAAACCACUGUUUAAACCUUCCUAAUUCUCAUGUGUCAGCAGAAGUAUUCUUGUUUAGCUUGACUGUUUGAAUAAAAAAUGAUGUUCCAGGCUCCUGGCUUUGGCCUGGCCCUGCCCUAGCUGUUAUGGGUAUCUGGGGCAUGAACCAGCAGAUGGAAGAUCUCUCUCUCUUUCUCUGUCUGCCUUUCAAAUAAAAUGAAAAUAAACAAAAAUGGAAAACAAAUGGCUAGAGAAGUACUUUUAUAAAAUAAAUAUCCAGGGCCAGCACUGUAACAUAGCAGGUUAAGCCUCCAUCUACUGUACCAGCAUCCCAUACGGGCACCAGGUCAAGUCCUGGCUGCUCCACUUUGGAUCCAGCUCCCUGCUAAUAUGCCUUGGAAGGCAGUAGAAGAUGGCCCAAAUGCUUGGGGCUCUGCACUCAUGUGGGAGACCGGGAAGAAGCUUCUGGCUCCUGGCUUCAGAUCCGCCCAGCUCCAGCAUGGCAGCCAUUUGGGAAGUGAACCAAUGAAUGGAAGACCUCUCUCUCUCUCUCUGUCUCUCCCUAACAUUGCCUCUUAAAUAAAUCUUUAAAGAAAAUAAUAAAAUAAAGAUCCCUCUGCUUGCUGUAUGAGAAGUGAUCUGGGAAUGGCCAUAGAUACAUAGUUUUCUUCUCAUUUCAGGCUUCCCCACUCCAUGAAACUUGCCCAAAAUAUGCAGCCAAAUGGGCUGACUCUCUUUUCUCACUUCCUCUUAGCAAGUCACAAAAAGAUGAGCUGCUAGAGUAAAGGAAGACAUUCUCGGUGUACUUUUGAGAAAAACCCCUGUCUCAAGGUGGUGGGGAUGCGGCCACUUUGCAAGCUUCAGGCUGUGGGUUUGGUUUGAGGACCAAACCAAACGACAAGGGCGGUCAGGAGAUCCACUGUGGUAGCCCACACAGUGCAGGAAGGCCUAAAAUUGAGGUCUACAAUUUCACAGCUUUUUAAAAAGAUGGAUUUAUUGUGGUGUGGCAGGUUAAGCACCUGUUCAUGUCCUGGCUGCUCCACAUCCCUGCUAAUGCCCCUGGGAAAGCAGCGGAUGAUGGUCCAGGUGCUUUUGUCUCCAAAACCAUGUGAGACACACAGAUGAAGCUCCCGGCUUUGGCCUGGUCCAGCCCUGGCUGUUGUUGGGGGAGUGAACCAGAAGAUGAAAGAUCUCUCUCAUUCUCUCUUGACUCUCCCUCUAACUGCCUUUCAAAUAAAUAAAUAAAUCUUAAAAAAAAAAAAA